AUGGAUGGAUGGAUGACGUUCUGGUCGGAGAAGCCAGACUCGACGGCACCCACCCAGGUAGCCAUCGAAAAUGACGAGGAGGACGAGAAAGACAUUGAUAGUCUCAUUGAGGAGUUGCAAUCUGUCGAUGGCUUUGCCGAUCUCAAACUUCUGGAAUCGAACCACACAGGCGGUCGACACCCGGUAUCAGAUGAAUUGCUCCACACAGACUCGAACACAGGCCUCAGUACGAACGAAGCACUUCUACGACGGAAAAAGUUCGGUCUCAAUGAGAUGAAGGAAGGGAAGGAGAACCUGAUCUUCAAGUUCCUAUGGUUCUUCGUUGGCCCCGUUCAAUUUGUCAUGGAAGCGGCGGCGAUUUUAGCUGCUUAUCUUCAUGAUUGGGUCGACUUGGGCGUGAUAUGUGGUCUUCUCCUAUUGAAUGCGUCUGUGGGGUUCAUACAGGAAUAUCAGGCGGGUUCCAUCGUCGAAGAGCUGAAGAAGACUUUAGCACUGAAGGCUAUAGUUCUGCGCGAUAGUGUACUCUCUGAGCUCGAUGCAGCCCAACUCGUCCCGGGUGACAUUGUGAAGAUAGACGAGGGCACGAUCGUUCCUGCGGAUGGCCGCAUUAUGACCAACUCUGCUAUACAAGUCGAUCAGUCGUCAAUCACUGGGGAGUCCCUGGCUGUCGAUAAGCAUUCGGGAGAUACAUGUUACGCGUCCUCCACUGUGAAACGAGGCCACGCCCGAAUCCUCAUUACCGCUACUGGCGAUUCGACCUCUGUGGGGCAUGCUGCAGCCUUGGUUAAUGCCUCUGCCUCGGGAACAGGCCACUUCACCGAAGUCCUUCAGGGUAUCAGCACCGUCUUACUUGUCCUUGUUGUUGUCACUCUUAUCAUCGUUUGGGUAUCCUCCUUCUACCGUUCCAACAACACCACGACCAUUCUCGAAUUCACAUUGGCCGUCACAAUGAUUGGGGUCCCGGUAGGCCUUCCCGCAGUUGUUACCACCACGAUGGCAGUAGGAGCAGCAUACCUGGCGAAGAAACGAGCGAUUGUUCAACGGCUAUCAGCUAUUGAAUCCCUUGCUGGCGUUGAGAUACUCUGCUCAGACAAAACUGGCACCUUGACCAAGAACAAGCUGUCUUUGACAGAGCCCUUCACCGUUCCUGGUGUGGAAGCUGAAGAUCUGAUGCUAACGGCAUGCCUCGCCGCAUCUAGAAAGAAGAAAGGCAUGGAUGCAAUAGACAGAGCAUUUUUUCGAGCUUUAUCCUCCUACCCGUGUGCAAAAGCAAAGCUCACAGAAUACAAGGUGAUUGAGUUCUCUCCGUUCGAUCCAGUCUCGAAGAAAGUCAAAGCAGUGGUACAGUCUUCCGAAGGAGAGCGCAUCACAUGCGUGAAGGGAUCUCCUUUAUUUGUGCUUAGAACCGUCCAGCAAGAUCACGCAAUCCCCGAGGAGAUCGAAACUGCAUACAAGAACAAGGUCGCAGAGUUCGCGACUCGCGGUUUCCGCUCGCUUGGUGUGGCUCGGAAACGUGGUGAUGGCGAAUGGGAGAUUUUGGGUAUAAUGCCAUGCUCCGACCCUCCGCGACACGAUACUACAAAGACUAUUAGCGAGGCCCAGACUUUGGGGCUUUCAAUCAAGAUGCUCACAGGCGAUGCGGUAGGAAUUGCUCGCGAGACCUCGCGCCAGUUGGGACUAGGAACGAAUGUGUACAAUGCCGAGCGUCUUGGUCUUGGUGGAGGGGGGACAAUGCCUGGCUCCGAGGUUUAUGAUUUUGUUGAAGCCGCAGAUGGCUUUGCAGAAGUCUUCCCAGAGCACAAGUACAAUGUCGUGGAUAUUCUGCAGCAGCGUGGAUAUCUCGUAGCCAUGACGGGCGACGGUGUCAAUGAUGCCCCAUCCCUGAAAAAAGCUGACACUGGAAUUGCAGUCGAAGGAUCCUCAGAUGCCGCGCGAUCUGCCGCUGACAUUGUGUUCCUAGCUCCAGGAUUGUCCGCUAUCAUUGAUGCUGUGAAGACUUCCCGUCAAAUCUUCCAUCGCAUGUACGCUUACGUGGUUUAUCGUAUAGCUCUCUCUUUGCAUCUCGAGAUUUUCCUAGGGCUCUGGAUUGCCAUCCGCAACGAGAGCCUUAACUUGCAACUGGUGGUGUUCAUUGCAAUUUUCGCCGACAUUGCAACUUUGGCUAUCGCCUACGACAAAGCCCCCUUCUCCAGUACACCAGUGAAAUGGAAUCUUCCCAAGUUGUGGGGAAUGUCGGUCCUGCUUGGGAUCGUCCUUGCCAUCGGAACGUGGAUCACCCUCACCACAAUUUUGGCUUCUGGUGAGAAUGGGGGCAUCAUGCAGAACUACGGCAAACGAGACGAGGUCUUGUUCUUGGAGAUUUCAUUGACUGAGAAUUGGCUUAUUUUCAUCACUCGCGCUAACGGUGCUUUCUGGUCCUCUGGGUGGCCAUCCUGGAAACUGAUAGGGGCCAUUGCAGCGGUGGACACCGUCGCUACAUGCUUCUGUGCAUUUGGCUGGUUCGUCGGCGGACAGACUUCGACCCCAACAAUUAUUCGGAUCUGGAUCUUCUCCUUUGGUAUGUUCUGCAUCAUGGGAGGGUUGUACUAUCUGCUCCAAGGCUCCAGGAGCUUCGAUAAUAUCAUGCACGGCAAAAGCCCCCGGAGCAUGGACAAACAGCGCUCUCUUGAGGACUUCUUGGUUGCCCUACAACGUGUGUCUUCUCAGCAUGAGAAGAGCUCGUUGACCAGUAUGGAGAAUGGACAGGCUACCCGUGGCGUUUGA